AUGGCCACUGCGGCGAUCCAGCAGCCCCAACCGGUCCCAAUUUUGGACCAACUGUCCGAGACGGAUGUCCAGCCGAAGCCGCAAUUCGUCCAUACGACACUCAACUUUUACAAGGAUCCCGAGGAUGGCUCGCCUCCGCAUCCAACCUACAUUGGCAAGCCCGAGACCUACGAGAGACCCUUUGAGACCCACCCCGUCACCAUCCAGGAUGUAACCGGACAUGAGAGCGAGUACACACUUGACGCAAAUGGCUUUCAGUUUCACCGCCAUGUGGCUACGGAGAAGGAUUUCAUCGACGAUGACAAGAUCAGGGAGACUUACUACCCAGAGACUGAGCAACUGCUGAAGGACGUCACCGGCGCCUCCCGCGUCUUCAUCUUCGACCAUACGAUCCGGCGCUCCCUCCCGGGGCAGGGCGGGCGCCGCGGCCCGGCGCAGCGCGUGCACAUCGACCAGUCCUACGCGGCGGCGCAGUCGCGGGUGCCGCACCACCUGCCCGACGAGGCGGAGGCGCUGCUGCGCGGGCGCGUGCAGAUCGUCAACGUGUGGCGGCCGAUCCGGACGGUGCUGCGGGACCCGCUGGCGGUGGCGGAGGCGCGCAGCGUCGCCGAGGAGGACCUGGUGCCCACGCCGCUGAUCUACCCGGACAGGAAGGGGGAGACGUUCCAGGUCAGGUAUAGUCCCGCGCACAGGUGGUUCUACAAGUACGCGCUGUCGCCCGGGGAGGUGCUGCUUAUCAAGUGCGCUGAUAGCAAGACGGAUGGGAGGGCGAGGAGGGUGCCGCAUACGUCGUUUGCGGAUCCGCGCUCCGAGGAGGGCCUGCCGCCGAGGGAGAGCAUCGAGGUCAGGGCGCUGGUGUUCCAUCCGGAUGAUCGGGAUUGAGGGGAAUGUCCGACGGCCUCCAAGGAUGAACGAGUUGUGUCGAUUCAAGGGCGUAGGCACGGUUGGAUGGGCUGGGAAGAUUGUUUCUGAAACUUAAGAGGUUGUACUGAACGUCUACAAAUAUCAAGUUAGGAUGAACGACAGAUCUAGUGUCAACGCAAAGAAUAGCAGCGUUCUUACUUUUCAUCGUAAAGAUGCGGCAGAGUGUGUAAACUUAGAAGGAACAAAGAGGU